AUGAAGCUUACCACUACUACAACUUCAAAUCAUAAUAAUGCAAUGACAAAGCAUCAACAUCAACCGUUUAAUAGUUCUUUGAUCAUAAGUUCUCCAGUUGUGGUCAAGAGUCAAUCAGCAGAAGUGGAAAUUGAUAAUGCAUUUUUAACUUCUGAAAAUGAUUUUGCAACACAAGAAGAAAUGAUGAGAGUUAAAGCCAUCUAUCAAAAUAUUUAUGGUGGUAGUCCUAAUGGUAGUCUCAGUUAUAAUGAUAGUUCAUUAAGUGAUAUUUAUAAUAAUUCUAAUCAAAGUAAUCCUAAUAAUAAUGUUGCUAAUUGGAAAACUUCAAAUCUGUCUAAUGAAGGUACUGAUAAAAUUAGGCUUAAUAAUUCUUUAGAGAUUCUAAUGGAAAUUGAUAAUGUAACUGAUCCAUUACCACCAUCAUCAAAUCCAUCAUCAUUAGUUGAUUCUACAUCCAAUUCAACCUUUGGCAAUACUGAAUUUUCGAUUAGUCCUUUAGAUAAACGUCCAACUUCACGUAGUUUACAUCCUGGUAAUAUUGCUGUUAUGAAUAUUUUAAGAAAACCAGGUAACGAAAAAGAACAAGGAGUGAAAGGAAAUACACUUCAAGAAUCGUUUCAAAAAGAUGAUGGUGAUACUUCGAGUGACAUGUCUAUAGUAAAAACAGCUCAAUUAGGUCCAAAAUUCAUUCAUCAUGCUAAGAAAACAGCUCAUAAGACUACUAAGAAUAAGGCAACAGGAAAAAGAAAACCUCGUACACCCAAACCUAAAGCUAAAAAGAAAAGAAAGAUAAUCAAUGAAGAAGUAGAAGAAGUGAUUCCCAAACCUCAAUUAUUAAUAACUUUAAAGUUUAAUCCUAGUAAUGAUGAUGGUGUAGAAGAAAGUAAGAUUGUCACACUUAAAACACCACCAUCAACGUCAUCAUUUGAAGCAAGAUUAGAUGGACCAGAGUCUGAUGACGUUGAAUAUAAACCUGGGACUAGACAAACAAGAAGUAAACGUCGUCGUAUUAGAACUAAAGAAGAAGUAUACAUACCAGAAAAGAAACGAAGACUUGGUCCUCGUUCAAAAAGUGGAUGUUGGACAUGCAGGGUUCGUCAUAAGGCUUGUCCUGAAGAUAGACCUAUAUGUGGUCAAUGUAUACGACUUCAUUUACCUUGUGAUUAUUCGAAUGAACGACCAAUAUACAUGACAGAUCCUUUAUUACAAGCAGCUAAAUUGAAAGAAAUUAGAGACGUGACUAAUCUUCAAAAGAAAAUCAAUUUUGCAAAAAGAAGAAAUAAAGAUUAA